CCCCGCAGCCGGUGAACAACGCCGACUUCAUCAUUCCCGUGGAGAUCGACGGCAUCAUGCACCAGGUGUACGUGCUGAAGCGGCCGCACGUGGACGAGUUCCUGCAGCGCAUGGGCGAGCUCUUCGAGUGCGUGCUCUUCACCGCCAGCCUGGCCAAGUACGCGGACCCCGUGGCCGACCUGCUGGACAAAUGGGGGGCUUUCCGCGCCCGGCUGUUCCGCGAGUCGUGCGUCUUCCACCGCGGCAACUACGUCAAGGACCUGAGCCGCCUGGGCCGCGACCUGCGCCGCAUCAUCAUCGUGGACAACUCGCCCGCCUCCUACAUCUUCCACCCGGACAACGCCGUGCCGGUGGCCUCGUGGUUCGACAACAUGGCAGACACGGAGCUGCUGGACCUGCUGCCCUUCUUCGAGAGGCUCAGCAAGGUGGACGACGUUUACACAGUGCUCAAGAAACACCGGACUAACAGCUAGUGGCCCACGGG